GUUCAUACUGAAAACAGAAAUUGCACCGUGAGCUGCAGCCAUGGCAGAUGGCAAGACAGGAGGAGCCGGGCAGUUUGCAAAGCAGGUCCAAAAGCGAUUUAGCCGAGCCCAAGAGAAGGUGUUGCAGAAACUGGGCAAGACGGUAGAAACCAAAGAUGAGCAAUUCGAGCAAAGCGCUUACGAUUUCCAGCAGCAACAGACUGAAGGCCAGAAACUCUACAAGGACCUUAAGGCUUUCCUCAGCGCUGUGAAAGUGAUGCACGAAAGUUCCAGGAAAGUGGCGGAAACCCUGCACGAAAUUUACCAUGUGGAAUGGGAUGGACACGGGGACUUGAAAGCCAUUGCAGAGAGCAAUGACCUCCUGUGGGAAGACUACGAGGAAAAACUAGCUGACCAGGCGGUGAGAACCAUGGAGAACUACAUGGCUCAGUUUGGUGAAAUCAAGGAGCGAAUUGCUAAGCGGGGGCGGAAGGUGGUGGAUUACGACAGCGCCAGGCAUCACCUGGAGGCGCUGCAGAAUGCCAAGAAGAAAGAUGAAGCUAAGAUUGCAAAGGCUGAAGAGGAAUUCUACAAAGCGCAGGCUGUGUUUGAGGAUCUUAACAAAGAACUUCGAGAGGAGCUCCCGGUUCUUUAUAACAGCCGCAUUGCUUGCUACGUGACCAUCUUCCAGAAUAUUUCCAAUUUAAGAGACAUCUUCUACAAGGAGAUGAGUAAGCUGAACCACGACUUGUAUGAGGUGAUGAGCAAACUGGAAAAGCAGCACUCCAGCAAAGUCUUUAUCAUUAAAGGGGUGCCGAGUAACAGGCGCUCACUGGUCAUCUCCUCCCCGGUGAGUCGUCCUCCUGUCGUUUUCACAUCACUGGGAAAUUCUGCAGAUGGGACCCCUGAGCUGCCUCCUAACAAUUCAACGUGUCAUGCGAGAGAAUCUGUUUCUUCAGCAGCAGAGGGGGAGGCCGCAUCCUCCGGUGGCAGCGAAAUCCAGGAUGAGCGGCCGGCAUCUCCUGCUGCUGUUUUGACCCCCGACAAGAGAGAGUCCAUGUCAGCAGCAGAGGUGCAGUCCGGGUCCUCUGGUGCCAGUGAAAUCCAGGAUGAGACACCCACCUCUCCUGCUGUUCCGAUGCAUGACAAGAGAGAGUCCCUGUCAGCAGCAGAGGUGGAGUCCGGGUCCUCUGGUGCCAGUGAAAUCCAGGAUGAGACACCCACCUCUCCUGCUGUUCCGAUGCAUGACAAGAGAGAGUCCCUGUCAGCAGCAGAGGUGGAGUCCGGGUCCUCUGGUGCCAGUGAAAUCCAGAAUGAGAAUCAGACUGGGACUCUGGAGGAACCCAGCCGAGUGACAGAGAGGUCAUACCGGGGAGUUGAAGAUAUUGCAGCAGCUACGGCUGCAGAGAUUCUAUCUGCCGCUAUAGCUGAGGCUGUGGGCAAAGCCAAAAUGUCUCUGCCGCCCUCUGAUGGUGCAUCAGCCCAAACCCAGACUCCAGGAAGCCUGGAGGCCGACGCUAGAGACCUGCAGGGGGGAAAUGAAUGCUCUGUACUCCAUGCGAGCAAUGAAAUCCCAUCUCUGCAAGCACCCCCUUCACCUGACUUGAGAGAGGAGACCAACCCAUCAGGAGAUACCCAACCCACAGCUUCCCAGCAAGAAUCAAGUCAGCCAGGAAACAGGAUGCCCCUCAGUGAGGUUUUAGUUUGCCCUGAAAAUGCCACGUACCCUCCUGAUGAAGACACUUCCCCUCCCACCCCAGUCCAUGAAGUCCAUCAAGACCCAGCCAGCACCCGUGGCUCCAGUCCACCCAAAGCAGAGGAACGGGCCAAUGGCCAGAAGCAGCCACAGACAGAGACUGAGCGGACCAUUUGCCAGCCAAGCCGGGAGGCCGAAGAGGACCGGGGCAGCGAGGGGAGCAUGGAAGAACUAAACAUUUCCCCAACGGUGACUGAAACGCAGAUGAUGUUUGGCUUCACUCCAAAUGGUGAAACAGGCAGCAGCAGCCAUGAGCUGCCUGUGGGCUUCCUCUUCAAGGCUCAAGCAAUCCAGACUCACAUAUCAGACGAUGAAAAUCAUCUGCAGUUCAGGGAAGGGGAGAUAAUUCUGGUGGUAACCAACUCUCAGGCCCAGGAAGAAGGAUUUCUGACCGGCUUCAAAGAGAGUGAUUGGAAGGUGAACCGGGAUCUCCUACAGAAGAGAGCUUUCCCCCAAGAUCUCAUCAGACCCAUCUCCUCCAAAUGAGUCUAGCGCAUCAAAGCGGCUGGGGUGGAGUGGGAGGGAAACAGGAUCUAUUUAUGACAGGUUUCAGAGUAGCAGCCGUGUUAGUCUGUAUUCGCAAAAAGAACAGGAGUACUUGUGGCACCUUAGAGACUAACAAAUUUAUUUGAGCAUAAGCUUUCGUGAGCUACAGCUAACUUAAUCCGAAAGCAGUAACAUUGCCGUUGUAACCAAAGAGUGCUUUGCCACAUCCAUCCGAUUCAGAAUGUCAAACUGCAACGGGACAUGUGGGGACGGGAGACAAAACCUGUCACGUUCAUUUUGUUUUGAGAAAGUGGGAAUUAAUGGAGCUGCACCUUACUGGCUGGUAUAGGAACAAGCUUCAGUUUGAUUCCACAGUGCCUGCUGCAUGCCCCUUAGAAAAAGCACAGAAAUCUGGUUUCAGAGUAACAGCCGUGUUAGUCUGUAUUCGCAAAAAGAAAAGGAGGACUUGGGGCACCUUAGAGACGAACCAAUUUAU